AUGACGGAAGUUGAUGGAAUUUUUUAUGAAGUGGAAGGAAAGGUAAGUAGGCAAUAAAGAACUUACUAUGUGAACUCUCUAUUCCCUAAGUCUAGAGUGAAGAACAUCAAAUUUCUCCCUGUAAUAUUAUACACUUAAUGUCAGAUCCCGAGGGAAACAGUUAGUUUUGUUUUCCGGAGAGUCCUGAUGUUUCCCAAGAUGAAGUCAAGGGAAACAUCAGGACUCCAGGGAAAUCAAAACUAACUGGUUUCCCGAGGGACUGGACAUUAAGUGUUUUGUUUUAUUAUAUACAUACUGAGAAAUACUCACCAAAAAGCUAUGCCGUAAAUUUUCGUACGCAAAUUAGUUCUAGCCAAUCAAAGGGAGCGAACGAUGGUUUUCACACGUGAAAAAAUGAUACGUCCAAUCAGAAUCGCGAACAAUGUUUUUUCAUGUGUGAGAAAAAUGAUACGUCCAAUCAGAAGCCACAGAGGUGUGUGAGUUUCGCGCCAAAAUUCCCACCUUUUAUUGCAGCUUGCAGCCCUGCUUCGCACACAUUCAACGAGGAAAGUUUUACUAAAAGAGCUUUUCUUGCUAAAAAAGUGAAAAACAUUUUGGAAAUGGAGUGGAAUAGUUUCGUUUGUUUCACUGUCGAUAAAGAAAACGGUAGAGAGCUGGCGAAAACAACAGCAGAAAGGGAAAAACAGAACGAGACGUAAGCUUUUGUUGUGCUUUUUGUCGGAGCUACUUUGCCUUUCAUUUAAGCUUAAGCUUCCCUGACUGUUUAAAAAAGAAUGCAAUAUGCUUUACAUUAUUAUUUUGGUAUAAGGUCUUUGUCAAGUUUCUCAAUUUUGUGAUGGAUUUACCAGAAUCAUACUUAAUUUUUCCCAGGUGACUACUGAAAAAAGUGGUGAUAUAGAUGAAAGUUUGAUUGGUGGGAAUAAAUCAGCUGAGGACACGGGAGGUGAUGACGUGGAGGAAAAUGCAGUAACUGGCGUUGAUAUUGUUUUAGCCAACAAACUUAAAGAAGUGGGAGGACAGGCUUUUCCUUUCUCAAAGAAAGAUUACCAAAAGCAUUGUAAGGCGUAUAUGAAAAAGCUCCUUGAACAUCUAAAUCCAGAAGAAAAGGACAAAUUCCAGGCAGAUGCCAAAGUUGCAAUGCAGAAAAUUUGGGGAAAAUUUAAGGAUCUCCAAUUUUUUCGGGGAGAGAGUGAAGCUGAUUUUGAUGACGCUGAAUGUAUGCUGGCUAUACUUGAGUAUCGUGACAACACACCAUACAUGUUGUUCUUCAAACAUGGUCUUGUCGAGGAAAAAAUGGUGAGUACCGUUGAGGUUUUUUCAGGGACAUUUGCAAAGGCCCUGCCAGGGUAAAUUUCGAUUAGUGACAUGGCCCAAAAAGUAGCGACAGCGCAUCAAAUGAAAUCGCGACAAGAGACAACCUCCCUCCGCCAAAUUGCAACAGUGGUGGCAAAGCCGACAAUAAGCGACAUGCAUUCAUAAACACCGACACGAGACAUUUUAAAAUUCAGACGGGCAACAUGGACCCCCCGCUGGCAGGGCCUCUUUGCUCUAAUGCAUAUUGUUUCAACUGACUGCAUGCAUGAGUCUUGUCAUAAUAUUAGGCCAUGAGCGCACAAUAAGGAAGAAAGGGUCACACUUGACAGGGGCAUAGCUCGGAUUUUUCAGAGGGGGAAGGGAGUCACAUUGUGUCACGCCCAGACUUAGAUGACAAUUAUCGGAGAAGAAAGAUUUAACUCUGAAUCAGAUGAAGAGCAUUCCUUACCUCUCUUUGAAGCAUUGAAAACAGUUUGAAAGCUUUGCUUGUUUGGAUAAACAGCGUUUGCUAUUUCACAAGCAGUAGCACCAACUUGAUAUCUUGGUCACAAAUUUCUGCGUGCCUUGCAUUACUUGUGUUUCAACGGCCUCAUAUUGAUGUGGCAAGGAGGAUCAAAUACGUUGUCUAUAUAAACCAAUCAAUGCCUAACUACUCUCUGACCAUCAUACCAUAAAAUUCCGAAAAUAAGCCCCGGGGCUUAUAUUUUUCAAAGCCCCUUUUUGAGGGGCUUAUAUUCGGAGGAGCUUAUGUAUGGAGGGAAAUUUGCAUUUCAAAGUCGAUUAAGCUGGCUUGUAGUGGCAAGGAAAUUUACCAUUUUUGCUCUGUUUUGCUUUGUAUUUGAGGGCAAAUUCCAAGUACAAGCCCCCUGGAGGGCUCAUAUUCAGAGGGGUGAUUUAACAGGAGGGUUUUUUGGGAUACGAUUUUGGGGGGCUUAUGUUUGGAGGGGCUUAUUUUCGGAAUUUUAUGGUACUUUUGGUACAAACAAGAACAUGGUCUACUACAGAUGUCUGGUCCUGCAAAUGGAGUGUGUUACUAUCUAGCACUGCAAAAGAUUUAUUGCAUGUUGAUUCUUUGGAUUUGCACUUUUUCACCACCUGAAUUAUAGGGUCAUAAAACAAUAUUAUCCAACUGAUAAACUUGAGGUAGUGAUGUGCUCCUUUUACCCUUUCUUUCCAUCAAUUCCCCAUGGGGGGGGGGGGUGCUCAACAGAGAGGCUACACCCGGAGGUCCAACCCCUUACCCUUUUACAUACCAGUUUUGACAGAAAAGGCACCCCUUUCGUAUACCUUCUAUUGACAAAUUUUACCCCUUUCACACACCCAGUUUAGAACUUUGCAUCUCUUAAACUGCUGUUUGACUGCCACCUGGUUAGCUCAGUUGGGAGAGCGCCGGUCUGCCGAGCGGGAGGUCGCGGGUUCAAACCCCGGCCGGACCAACACCCAGGAUCUUUAAAAUAACUACGAAGAAAGUGCUGCCUUUGUAAUGACAUCUGCAAAUGGUUAGACUUUCUAGUCUUCUCAGAUAAGGACGAAAAACUGUAGGUCCUGUCUCGCAGCACUUUCACUGAUUUGUUCUUGUGGGACGUAAAAGAACCUACAUCACUAUGCGAAAAGAGAAGGGGUCGUAGACCCUGGUGGUGUGGCCAACCUUUACAGGUUGUGGGAUUGGGCAGGGAUGGCACCUUGCAAGGGACCCAUGAGUCCCUUUCAUGCACAUUCCCUCUGGGCAGGGCUGUGUCCAGAAAAGCUGGUAAAUAAAUAAGUAAACGCACUAUCUUUGAAAUAUGAUUAAGACAGAAUCCACCAGGAAAUUAAGUAAUUUUAAUUUUCAGUGGACAAAAACCUUGUAUCAGAAUAAUUUUAAAUCCUUUCCUUUUCUCUGUUAUUUUGCAGUAAUGAGCAGAGCAAGGCAGGAAAAAAUUAUACAGGCUAAGCUGAAAUUGAACUUUAUAUGACGAAUGGUAUAUUUCGCAAUCAAGUUAUCAUAAAGUUGUGCAUUAAAACUGACAAGCUUUGAAGUAGUUUAGGAGGCACUCAAUUGACUGCAUUACAGGUCCAUGUAAAAAGUGAACAGAAUUUACGGCAUUUACUUUGUGUACCAGACGCAGAUGAUGUAAAACAAAAGAGCAAAAACCAAGAAACAAUACCAAACAGAUUUUACCCUCAACAGAAAACAAAGGGGUCUUUUGUUUUACUUCAUCUCUGCCAAGUACACGAAGUAAAAGCGGAAUUUACCGCUAGAAACAAUAUUGUGCAGGCACUUCUUAGAACAUUCAAGUUUACCUAUCACUGCAGUGACUCAGUUUUAUGUCGCCAUAGACGGCUUGUUUGCUUCAAUCAUUCUGAGCAGCUUUUUUUUCCAAUACUAUCAGUCAGAUGUUUCCUUUGAUUUUCCAGAAGUAAACUUAAUUUUUCCAGUGCUGAAGUCGCACGGUGUGUCGUAAAUGGCUCAUCCAUGAAUGGUUGACCCAUAUCAUAGUGGGCUGAGUACAGUUCCAUUACUCUCGUUAGAGUAAUGGCCUUCAUUUACCCAAAUUGCAGAAUUCCUCACUAAAAUUCUAUAGAAACUUAUCUAUGUUGGAAAAGUUAUGUAAUCUUGCUUCUGACGAUUUAUUAAACGUGGAAUGUCGUAGUUGUUUGAGUUUGAUUUCUCUCAGGGCCUUAGUAGAAGGGGACCGACACCUUGUCUCUACUUCCCCCCCCCCUCCCUACAUCCCCCACUUUUUGGGCGAAAAUUACAAAAAAAGACGACGACUACCACUUUUCCGUCAAAAAUACCGAGUUGAUAUCACAACGCAAUUCCCCCUUCGAUUUUACAACAUACAAAAUAAGCCCCUCCAAAUAUAAGCCCCCCAAACCGGUAACGCAAAAAACCCUCCGUUAAAUCACCCCUCCAAAUUUAAGCCCCCCGAGGGCUUGUCCUUGGAAUAUUUCCCUCAAAUACAAAGUAAAACGAAGCAAAAACGGUAAAUUUACCUUCAACUGUAAGGCUAGCCCAAUCGAUUUUGAGACGCAAAACUCCCUCCAUAGAUAAGCCCCUCCGAAUAUAAGCCGCUCCAAAAAUAAGCCCCUUAAAAAGGGCCUUUGAAAAAUAUAAGUCCCUGGGCUUAUUUUCGGAAUUUUACGGUAUGUUGUUCAAAUGUUAGGUAGCAGUUCACAUAUAUAUUUUUUACUAUAAUACAAGUUAAAAAUUGCUUGAAGUUAGCCUAAAAAGAGCAAUAAACUGUAUCUAAAAGUGCUUAGUAAAUUUCCCAGUCUGCAAUAGAGGGUAUUUCAGACUUUCAAGUUUUGGCCGGGGAGGGGGGGGGGGUCUCGGCCCACAACAGUCGAGUACGCCGCUAGCACUGCUAACUUUCGUGCGCUCGCAAUUUCAAAUUCUUUCAUACGGGCCUGUCUAUGGUUGUCUCAAUGUAUAGAUAACAUUUUAGUUUAAAUGAAUCUCGUUUUUUCACUUAGCCUCGCUUUGAAAGUGGGAGUUAUUGGAGUUAGGAAAUGGCAUAUUCAGUAACGUUUUCGGAAAGCCUCUGCGACCACAGUAAUAGAUAGAGUAUGUGAUGAAACCUCCUCCCCACCCCACCCCACACAAUCAAAAAUUAAAAUCAAGACUGUUCAAUAGGUAAAGUCCACCAUUUCUAAAGUGAAAGGAGGUAAAUAUGCAAAGACGCCGGGCAGUACAAUUUUUCGUAUUCCGGAAAAUGUGUCCAUGUUGUUUGUGGUGUGCAAACGGAUCCAACAUUGUUGCGCUACUCUUCAGCGAUCACGGAACAAAAAAUAGUGGGGAGUUGUUGGCUCUAAAGUUUGACCGGUUUUAAACUUAAAACAACCGCUCCCAAAAACACACAACAUUUAACAGGAUGUGCAAACGGGCGCAACACGUAACAUUCAACAAUGUUGAGAGAUGUUGACAAACAAUGUUGCGUCCGUAUGCACGUGGCUUUAAGAUCCGAGCACGGCUACAUACGUGACGAAACAUCACUGAAAACUGAAUACUCGUUCCACUCACACUUUGUCGGGUCUUUGUCAAAAGUAGGCGAACUCCCCUAAAGCUGAAUUCCUAAGAACCACAUCCAAGCUCUGAAAGAGAAAGAAAACUUCGUCGUUGCUUGUUUACGUCCCCGAUAAAAACGUGAAAUUAGGCAUUUUCACUCUUUAUUCGUGCAGUGACGUCAAAGAAAUCUACGAAAAAAAGUGUGCUGCACGUGCAAAGGUGUUCUUUUGUUCAUUAAACCUAUUGCUUUGUUGACGUUCUCGUUGCUGUCACCUUCGUCGAUCUUAAGGUCCUUGUUUGCCGACGACGAACGACCUUGUUUCCCAGUUCUGUGGCUCUUCCUUGCGUUGAGGUUCCACUGUAUUUGUUCUGUUUCUUUUUUUGGUUUCUUUUUGUUUGUUUGUUGGUUUGUUUGUUUGUUUAUUUGUUGUUUUUGUCGCCUUUUUUGUUGUUGAUGUUUUUCUUCAGAAUUUCAGGGCAUAUUAUCUUCAAUUUUGUCUUUUCUCAGUACAGCAGUGAAACGAUUCAAGAGUGCAUUAAAACUAUUAUAACUCAAUUAUCAUAUAUAAUAUUAAUUAUACAAUUAGCGUUAUGUUUAUAACUCCACACGUCCAAGCGUUUGUGAAGUUGCGAGUUCGCACAGUAAAGCAUUUGUCACCCAAGGUGUGUGCGAGACUGGGGCAUUUGUGAAUUUUCGGCUUUCUUCAAAACCAACAUAAUUUUAGAUUGUCCCCGAAGUUUAGCUCGUGCCGCAGACACUCUUACUAAUGGCUUAGACGAUGUGUACAGCUGUGCUUAGGCCGGCUGCAACACAGGCUAUUGAAGUUAUGCAACUUAAAUCAGUCGAGAUGAUACCUCGUUCAACAAUCAAGCAGAGCUGUGGAUGACAUCACUACAACAAAUAAGACAACAAACAAGAAAUAUAGUUUUUUCAGUUAAAGAGUAUUUCGCUUAAAAUUUCUCAUUCCUCCAAAGAGAGAGAGAGUGUCUGGCAAAUUGUUUCCAAUCAAAGAUUUGUGAAUGAUAAACUCGAGUCUGGAAACUCUCUCAAAGUGUUUAUAUCAGUACACAGUUAUACACAACUUAUAACUUCAUAAGCGCUUAACGAGUGUCUUUUGGUGCACGACUUUCAAGAGAGCUGCUCAUGUAACAGCUGCUCCGAAUAGCUGUGGUGCGUUUCCAUGACCCCAGACAAUACUGAAACAAUACUGUUUCCUGCGACCAAUUAGGAGAGACCUUACGAACAGCACCUACACUACUCGGGUCCCACAGAAUGUCACUGAUAGCAUGUAAUGCAAAAGAGUAUCAAGGUAUGACUGUGCAAUAAGCGGUGGCGGAUCCAGGGGAGGGAAGGGCCAAGCCACACCGGUCUCCUCCCCUCCCCCCUUAUUUUUAGACCAAACUGAGGUCCGAAUGGACGAGAUAAAAAUUUGGAGUCCGGGCCCCCCUAUUCUCAGGGUCUAGAUGACCGCCCUUCCCCCCCCCCCUCCCCCCUUUAUCUCAAGGUCUGGAUCCGGCACUGAGAAGUGUUCCAAAUCAACCUAGGCGGGUUUAAGGGAUUUUCUUGUUUACGUCAUCCUAACCACCUCUUACUUGCGGGAGAGAACGAUAGAAACGUCAUCAUUACCCUACGAUUCCAUGCGGCUCCUGAUCUAGCAAAUCGAGAUUUUUUGUGGUAUGCUGACUGUAUAUUUCAACUGUAAGUACUUUUCUAAAUACAUGUAUACGCGCGAGCUACUACUGAUUACCUCCUCGGGCCUGCGGGACCACAAUGUCUACAAUAUAGGUCACGUGAUGUAGGUCACGUUGUAGGUCAAGGGACAUGCGGCCCUUUGUCUUUUUAUAAAUUAGGCGUAUUUUCAUGCUCGGAAUAAGACGAAAUUUGAAAGGAAAAGUUCUCUGGAGUAUUAACACAUGACAUGACCUACAUUGCAUCAGAAAAACAAAACAUACUUUCUGAAAAUUUUAAAAAGCUUUCUAUUUAUAACCAUGCAGUUUGGGAGGGAGUGAAGGGUGUCACGUUCCGUUCCUUGUCGUUCCUCGGUCUUUCUUUGCUCCGAAAUCACACAAAAACGCUUGCUUCGCAAGCUAACGAGGCACAGACUACGUACAACAAAAGAAACAACACAACAAAUCAAUAAAGCCCCAGGGAGAACUCUAUUCUCUGGUUCCUUUAUUUCUUUUGUAAUGACGGUACCGACAGAGAGACGCAACAACCUUCUCUUGUGAAAUUUACACGACUACAAGAAAGCAACUCGAGGUGACUGGUUUCUUCCGACGUACUUCUGAAGAUUCGCAAUCUCGAUUUGUCGCCACAAAUCAUGAUUAUUUUUCUGGACAUAUUUACUGGUAAGCUUAAUGAUCCUUAUUUACUUUACAGAUUUUAACUCAGGAUACCCUGGCCCCAUAGGUGCGUUCUCAAUAUACCUAAAAUGUCUUACGUUUUGAAUAACUGAGGAGAAAGUGCUGCCCGGUAAUGACAUCUAAAAACAGUCAGACUUAAUAGUCUCCUCGGGAAAGGACGAUAAAACAUAUAAUAAACUUUGUGGAACGUUGAAGAACCCACUGAGGGAAACAGUUAAUUUUGUUUCCCGAGAAUCUCAUUGUUUCCCGAGGCACAGCCGAAGGGAACGUUGAGAUUCGACUGUUAAUAUAGCUAAAAAUUUUGAAGCUGGAAACUCAUUAAACCUCGCUGUAAUGGCGGUCGUCGGUCAAAAUUCGCGGGUAUGCCACUACGGCUACGGCGACGGCAACGAGAACGUCAAAAACCAAUUAGUUAAGAGGGAGUUUAAGAUACCACGAUGGCGACGGCUGCAAAAACGUCGCUUAAAAAGUGACUUCGCGAACUAUGAAAAUUUAGUGCGAUUAUCCCAACUCGGUCAUAAUGUUUUAAGCCUGAUUUCCAUGUGAUCGCCACGAUCGUUGCGAACGCUGAAAAAAAAGUUCAGCGAUCGCAGCGAUCAUAUGGAAACCACUCUUCACAGCUAUCGCAGCGACAGCAAAAGUACCAGCAUGCAUUGCGUACGUUCAAGUUUUUCAAGAUGGCUGCUAACUAGCCUGCGAAAGCAUCCGUUUCUCAUCGCUCUUCGCCGCUGGGGACGUUUAGCGCCGAGAAACAUCUGCGGCAGAAAUUCCAUACUGAUGACGUAAAUCAUUGUUUACAUAACAAAUCCGGUAGUCAUGGGGUUCCAAAUAUAAAUUUGUCCAAUUUUACGUGUCAUCUGGUCGGUUUUGGUAAAUUGUGUUCAUCUGUCAACGAGCUCCAGCGAAACUCAAAAUAUUGACUGUUUUGUUAGAGAUUCUUCGCGUUUCCAUUUGACGUUUGUGGCCUUUUGUCUUUUGUCUGUCAUUCGUAAACAAUAGCUAAAACAGAUUUUACGUCAUCAGUACGGAAUUUCUGUCGCUGAGUUGCAGACGUUUCCAGUCCGCUCGCAACGUCCCAGGCAGCGAAGAGCGAGGAGAAACGGAUGUUUUCGCAGGCUAGCUGCCAACACAAACAUUGAGAAAGCAGUCCACUUGGCACUUUUUAUGGAGGAAGUACAAAAAUACGACCGUCUUUACAACACAUUUUCAAAGGAAUAUAGAGACAAGAACAAGAAAAUCAACUGCUGGAAAGCAAUCGGAGAGAAAUUCGAUUUAAGUCCUGAACAUGAGUUCUCUGUCGACGAUUCACAGCCGCCAUGCUGAAUUUGAGGAAUGGCGCUUUGGCGCGAACUAUGUUGUUAGACCCAGGUCCCCUCGGUCUUCAUUCAGCGAUCGUGGCGAUCGUAGCGAUCAUAUGGAAACCAGGUUUUAAACACCCUAAGAUUAGCAAAACAACAACUCUGCACGUGCAUCACACUUUUUUGUACAUUUCUUUGCCGUCACUGCACGACUACGACGUGAAGUGCCUAAUUUCACGUUUUAUCGACAACGUAAACGUAAACAUACGGCGCCGAAUUUCUCUUACUCUUUUUAAACUUGAAUAUUUUUCUUAAGAAUUCAACUCCAGGA